GAGCCACCCAGAGUCGAUGACAGAGAAAUGGAGAUAAACAUGGAGGUGAGGAAUGAGACAACAAUCCAUGAAUUCAUUCUGGAAGGGUUUCCUGCCAUCCAGCACCUGGGCAACAUCUUCUUCCUGAUGCAUCUGCUGGCAUACCUCGCCUCUGUCACAGGAAAUAUGGUGAUCAUCAUCAUCACUUGGGCUGACCAUCACCUCCAGACACCAAUGUACAUUUUACUCAGCACGUUCUCCUUCUCUGAAUGCUGUCUUAUCACCACAGUUAUUCCUAAACUGCUGUCCAUCUUUCUUUCAGGAAGGCAAACAAUUUCCUUUACUUCUUGUUUCACACAAGCCUUUUCUUUUCUGUUUCUUGGGUCAAUAAUUUUCUUCCUUAUGGCUGUGAUGUCCUUCGAUCAAUACCUGGCCAUUUGCAAACCUCUGCACUACCCAGCCAUCAUGAACCUCAGGGUCAGUUUCCUCCUGGUUUUCUUCUGCAAUGCUUUGUCCUUCAUCUUCAUCCUUGGUUUGGUGCUCAAGGUUUCCCAGUUAUCCUUCUGUGGCCCCAAUGUCAUUUCUCAUUUCUUUUGUGACCUCGGCUCCCUGAUUCAUCUCUCUUGUUCUGACACUGGGUCUGUUGAAAUGUAUGUCUUCCUUGCUCUACUUGUCAUUCUGAUAUGUCUCAUUUUAACCAUCAUUGCAUACAGCAACAUAGUAGUCACAAUUGUGCGACUCCCAUCAGCCAGGGAGCGACAGAAAGCUUUCUCCACCUGCUCCUCUCACCUCACUGUCCUCUCUCUGAUGUACGGCAGCUGUGUAUUUAUAUAUGUGAAACCAAAGCAAACAAACAGGGUGGACUCCAACAGGGAGGCUGCCCUUGUGAACACAGUGGUGACCCCACUGCUGAACCCUGUCAUCUACACUCUGCGGAACAAGCUGGUCCACCAGGCUCUGAGGGAUGCUCUGUCCAGAGUGAGGUUGCAGAAACAGAACUUUAGAAGGUAAGUGGAUCUUCCUGGUCUUCUAGUUCAAUUUCUCAUUACUGCAGAAAUCUGUUCUAUAGAAUCUCUACAUAUAGUGAUCUAGCACAUGCUAAUUUUCAUCUGGCUGGGUACAUCUUACUUUACAAUGUAAUACUUUUCACUAUUUGAAAAUUCAUCUUUGUUCUCUAUAUUACGCUGAAAGAUAUCUUGAUGUUCUACUCAGUGGUGUUUUAUGAAUUCAAUUCAGACAACAUUUAUGGAGAACCUAGUAUACAUAA